AUGUUUCGGAAUAGUCUCAAGAUGCUUCUUACUGGAGGAAAAUCAAGUCGCAAGAACAGAUCAAGUGAUGGAGGAAGCGAGGAACCACCGGAUCGAAGACAGUCAAGUGUAGACUCUCGCCAAAGCCGCUCUGGGCAAGGUGGCAUCUCCACAGAAAGCGACUGUGCUUUUGAGCCAGACUACGCCGUCCCACCACUUCCCGUGAGUGAAGGUAUGCAGCACAUUCGGAUUAUGGAGGGCGUGUCUCGCUCUCUUCCAUCCUCCCCCUUACUCACACAUCAGUCUAUCAGUGUUCGGCUCCAACCUGUGAAGAAGUUAACUGCCCCUCUGAGGAAGGCAAAGUUUGUUGAGAGCCCACGAAUUCCAGAAUCCGAGCUUGGCUCACCAACCCUCACUUCAGCUCAGAAACUGGACGUGGAUGCAUACUGCCCUGGUGAUGCUGAACAGGAUCUUGGUCCCCCUCCGUCUGUAGAUGAGGCAGCAAACACACUCAUGACUCGUCUGGGUUUCCUCCUUGGGGAGAAAGUCACGGAAGUUCAGCCAGGUGACCAAUACAGCAUGGAAGUACAGGAUGAAAAUCAGACCUCAGCAAUCACCCAGCGGAUAAGUCCCUGUUCCACCUUGACUAGCAGCACUGCCUCUCCACCAGCCAGUAGCCCCUGUUCCACUCUCCCACCAGUCAGUACAAGUGCGACCGCCAAGGAUGGCAGCUAUGGGGCUGUCACGAGUCCAACCUCUACCCUUGAAAGCAGAGACAGUGGAAUCAUUGCUACCUUGACAAGCUAUUCUGAAAAUAUGGAACGCACUAAAUAUGUUGGGGAAAGCAGUAAAGAAUUAGGAUCUGGAGGAAACCUAAAGCCUUGGCAGUCUCAAAAAUCCAGCAUGGAUUCUUGUUUGUAUCGAGUAGAUGAAAACAUGACGGCAUCCACCUACAGUCUGAAUAAGAUACCAGAGAGGAAUUUGGAAACCGUUUUAUCACAAUCAGUACAGUCUAUUCCUCUUUAUCUUAUGCCACGGCCAAACUCAGUAGCAGCCACAAGCUCUGCCCACUUGGAGGACCUCGCUUACCUGGAUGAACAGAGACAUACGCCUUUGAGAACUUCUCUUCGAAUGCCAAGACAGAGCAUGGCCGGUGCUCGCACGCAACAGGAUUUAAGAGUCCGCUUUGCACCUUACAGACCUCCCGAUAUCUCCCUGAAGCCCCUGCUCUUUGAAGUGCCCAGCAUCACUACAGAGUCGGUGUUCGUCGGUCGGGAUUGGGUUUUCCACGAAAUAGAUGCUCAGCUUCAAAGUUCAAACGCCAGUGUGAACCAGGGAGUCGUGAUUGUGGGAAACAUUGGGUUCGGCAAAACCGCCAUCAUCUCCAGACUGGUGGCCCUCAGCUGCCACGGAACACGGAUGAGACAGAUCGCCUCCGACAGCCCACACGCCUCCCCCAAACAUGUGGAUGCCAACAGAGAGCUGCCACUCACACAGCCACCGUCAGCCCACUCUUCCAUCACCAGUGGAAGCUGCCCAGGAACCCCAGAAAUGCGCAGGCGGCAGGAGGAGGCCAUGCGGAGACUAGCCUCACAGGUGGUUGCCUAUCACUAUUGCCAAGCAGAUAACGCCUACACCUGCCUGGUGCCUGAGUUCGUCCACAACGUUGCUGCCCUGCUCUGCCGCUCCCCUCAGCUGGCAGCCUAUCGGGAGCAGCUUCUCCGGGAGCCUCACCUCCAGAGCAUGCUGAGUCUUCGGUCCUGUGUUCAAGACCCCAUGGCCUCCUUCCGGAGGGGAGUGCUGGAGCCCCUGGAAAAUCUCCACAAAGAGAGAAAAAUUCCAGAUGAAGAUUUCAUCAUCUUAAUUGAUGGAUUAAAUGAAGCAGAAUUUCACAAACCGGAUUAUGGGGAUACAAUUGUAUCAUUUCUGAGUAAAAUGAUUGGAAAAUUUCCUUCCUGGCUCAAGCUAAUUGUAACAGUUAGGACCAGUUUACAGGAAAUUACCAAGCUGCUGCCUUUCCAUAGGAUUUUUUUGGAUCGACUAGAAGAGAAUGAAGCCAUAGACCAGGACCUGCAGGCCUACAUCCUGCACCGGAUACAUAGCAGCUCAGAGAUCCAGAAUAACAUUUCUCUUAAUGGCAAAAUGGACAAUACUACAUUUGGCAAACUCAGUUCUCAUCUCAAGACCCUCAGCCAAGGGUCCUAUCUGUACCUGAAACUCACAUUUGACCUCAUAGAGAAAGGCUACCUAGUGUUAAAGAGCUCUAGCUACAAAGUAGUUCCUGUUUCGCUCUCUGAGGUUUAUUUACUGCAGUGCAAUAUGAAGUUCCCAACCCAGUCUUCCUUUGACCGGGUGAUGCCUCUCCUGAACGUGGCAGUGGCGUCUCUCCACCCACUGACUGAUGAGCACAUCUUCCAAGCCAUCAACGCCGGCAGCAUUGAAGGCACGCUGGAAUGGGAGGACUUCCAGCAGAGGAUGGAGAACCUCUCAAUGUUCCUAAUCAAGCGCAGAGACAUGACACGUAUGUUUGUACACCCGUCUUUUCGAGAGUGGCUUAUCUGGAGAGAAGAAGGCGAGAAAACCAAAUUUCUCUGUGAUCCCAGGAGUGGUCACACGUUACUUGCCUUCUGGUUUUCCCGCCAAGAGGGAAAACUAAACCGACAGCAGACAAUUGAACUGGGACAUCACAUCCUCAAAGCACACAUUUUUAAGGGUUUGAGUAAAAAAGUUGGCGUGUCAUCCUCCAUCCUCCAAGGCCUCUGGAUCUCCUACAGCACAGAAGGUCUGUCCAUGGCGUUGGCAUCUUUACGAAAUCUCUACACGCCAAAUAUAAAGGUCAGCCGACUGCUGAUUUUGGGAGGUGCCAACAUUAAUUACCGGACAGAAGUUUUGAAUAAUGCUCCAAUUCUGUGUGUCCAGUCUCAUCUUGGUUACACAGAAAUGGUGGCUCUGCUCUUGGAGUUUGGGGCCAACGUGGAUGCCUCCUCUGAAAGCGGCCUGACUCCUCUGGGCUAUGCUGCAGCGGCAGGCUUCCUGAGCAUCGUAGUGCUGCUGUGCAAGAAACGGGCCAAGGUAGAUCACUUAGAUAAGAAUGGGCAGUGCGCCCUGGUCCAUGCCGCACUCCGAGGUCAUCUGGAGGUCGUCAAGUUUCUAAUUCAGUGUGACUGGACGAUGGCGGGCCAGCAGCAGGGGGUGUUUAAGAAGAGCCACGCCAUCCAGCAGGCCCUCAUCGCUGCAGCCAGCAUGGGUUACACUGAGAUUGUCUCCUACCUACUUGAUCUUCCAGAAAAAGAUGAAGAGGAGGUGGAGCGAGCACAGAUCAACAGCUUUGACAGUCUCUGGGGAGAGACAGCCCUAACAGCUGCGGCCGGAAGGGGCAAGCUAGAGGUGUGUCGUCUGCUCCUGGAGCAGGGGGCAGCUGUGGCCCAGCCCAACCGCCGGGGAGCCGUGCCCCUCUUCAGCACCGUUCGCCAAGGCCACUGGCAGAUCGUUGAUCUUUUACUUACUCAUGGAGCUGAUGUCAACAUGGCGGACAAGCAGGGCCGUACUCCCUUGAUGAUGGCGGCUUCUGAAGGCCACCUGGGAACUGUGGACUUUCUCCUUGCUCAAGGUGCCUCCAUUGCUCUCAUGGACAAAGAAGGACUGACCGCCCUCAGCUGGGCUUGUCUGAAGGGUCAUCUCUCGGUGGUCCGUUCUCUGGUGGAUAACGGGGCCGCCACCGACCACGCCGAUAAGAACGGCCGCACCCCGCUGGAUCUAGCUGCUUUCUACGGCGACGCUGAGGUGGUCCAGUUCCUGGUGGAUCACGGGGCCAUGAUCGAGCACGUGGACUACAGCGGAAUGCGCCCUCUGGACAGGGCUGUGGGGUGCCGGAACACGUCUGUUGUUGUCACCCUUCUGAAGAAAGGAGCCAAGAUAGGUUGUCAGACGUUACCGAGUCGCCCACGAGGUCCAGCCACAUGGGCGAUGGCCACCUCCAAACCAGACAUCAUGAUCAUCCUGCUGAGCAAGCUGAUGGAAGAGGGUGACAUGUUUUAUAAGAAAGGUAAAGUGAAGGAAGCCGCCCAGCGCUACCAGUAUGCCCUGAAGAAGUUCCCUAGAGAAGGGUUUGGUGAGGACUUGAAAACCUUCCGGGAGCUGAAGGUGUCUCUCCUCCUCAACCUCUCUCGAUGUCGCAGGAAGAUGAACGAUUUUGGAAUGGCGGAGGAAUUUGCUACUAAGGCCCUGGAGCUGAAACCGAAAUCUUAUGAAGCUUACUAUGCGAGAGCAAGGGCCAAACGCAGCAGCAGACAGUUUGCAGCAGCCUUAGAGGACCUGAACGAGGCCAUCAAGCUGUGUCCAAACAACCGUGAGAUCCAGCGGCUUCUGCUGCGGGUGGAGGAGGAGUGUCGACAAAUGCAGCAGCAGCCGCCGGUGCAACAGCAGCCUCCGCAGCAGCAGCUCCCAGAGGAAGCAGAGCCUGAACCCCAGCACGAAGACAUCUACUCCGUACAGGACAUACUGGAGGAGGAGUUCUUGGAACAGGACGUGGAGAACGUGUCCAUCGGCCUCCAAACGGAGGCUCGGCCCAGCCAGGGGCUCCCCAUCAUCCAGAGCCCACCCUCCUCCCCAGCCCACCGGGACUCAGCCUACAUCUCCGGCUCACCCCUCAGCUCACAUCAGGUUUUUGACUUCCGGUCCAGCAGUUCCGUAGGCUCUCCCACCAGGCAGAGCUAUCAGUCCAGCUCACCUGCGCUCUCUCCAACUCACCAGAACUCACAUUAUCGGCCUAGUCCCCCACACACUUCCCCAGCUCAUCAGGGCGGCUCCUACCGCUUCAGCCCCCCUCCUGUGGGAGGGCCAGGCAAGGAAUACCCGAGCCCGCCCCCUUCCCCUCUCCGCAGAGGCCCCCAGUACCGGGCCAGCCCUCCAGCGGAAAGCAUGAGUGUCUACCGUUCCCAGUCAGGCUCCCCCGUGCGCCAUCAGCAAGAAACAAACGUGAGUCAGCUUCCUGGCAGACCGAAAUCUCCGCUAUCCAAGAUGGCCCAGCGGCCCUACCAGAUGCCCCAGCUUCCCGUGGCUGUGCCCCAGCCUGGGCUCCGGCUCCAGCCGGCCAAAGCCCAGAUCGUGAGGAGCAACCAGCCCAGCUCAGCUGUGCAUUCGAGCACCGUCAUCUCCACGGGGGCCUAUGGCCAAGUGGCCCAUUCAAUGGCCAGUAAAUACCAGUCUUCCCAAGGAGACAUAGGAGUGAGUCAGAGCCGGCUGGUUUAUCAGGGGUCAAUUGGGGGGAUCGUAGGGGAUGGGAGACCCGUGCAGCACGUCCAGGCCAGCCUGAGUGCAGGUGCCAUCUGCCAGCAUGGAGGGUUGACCAAGGAAGACCUUCCCCAGCGACCUUCCUCUGCCUACCGGGGUGGCAUGAGAUACAGCCAGACGCCACAGAUUGGGCGCAGCCAGUCCGCGUCCUAUUACCCAGUGUGUCACUCAAAACUGGACCUGGAGCGUUCCUCCAGCCAGCUAGGCUCCCCCGACGUGUCGCAUUUAAUCAGAAGACCUAUUAGUGUCAACCCCAAUGAAAUCAAACCCCACCCACCGACUCCCAGGCCACUGCUGCACUCCCAGAGCGUAGGCCUGCGUUUCUCUCCAUCUAGCAAUAGUAUCUCAUCUGCCUCCAAUCUAACACCUACCUUCCGGCCAUCUUCCUCCAUCCAGCAGAUGGAGAUCCCGCUGAAACCGGCGUACGAUAGGUCAUGUGACGAGCUGUCGCCAGUGUCUCCCACACAGGGAGGUUACCCUAGUGAGCCCACCCGAUCCAGGACCACACCAUUCAUGGGGAUCAUAGAUAAAACAGCCCGGACUCAACAGUACCCCCACCUUCACCAGCAGAAUCGGACCUGGGCGGUGUCAUCCGUGGAUACCGUUCUCAGCCCCACGUCUCCAGGCGGCCUGCCCCAGCCUGAGUCCUUCAGCCCACCAUCGUCCAUCAGCAACAUCGCCUUUUAUAACAAGACCAACAAUGCACAGAAUGGCCAUUUGCUGGAGGAUGAUUACUACAGCCCCCACGGGAUGCUGGCAAACGGGUCCCGCGGAGACCUGCUGGAGAGAGUCAGCCAGGCCUCCUCGUACCCUGACGUGAAGGUGGCUCGGACCCUCCCUGUGGCUCAGGCCUACCAGGACAACCUGUACAGACAGCUGUCCCGGGACUCUCGACAAGGGCAGACAUCCCCUAUCAAACCAAAGAGACCAUUUGUGGAGUCUAAUGUUUAA